AUGCAUAAUUACCCGGCAGAUGGAGAUGCCGGAUAUAGACGUGCACAUAAAAGGGGGCAGAUUCAUAAAGUGUGGCUAAUGAGCGCCACAGCCGGUGGUGUUACUGCUUCUACUACGUUAAAGAACUAUAGCUGCCGGAUGAAUGCACAUGAAUUGAGCACAGUUACUGAAUCAUUUGGAUCCUUUGAAGAUGAUUGGAUGAUAAACAAAAGAUACAGCCAGAACGGACAUCCGGCAAAAGCAAUUUUUCAGGCAUCCUGA